AUGGCUCGCCUGUCACCCCUGCCACCCUCCCAGGGAGGCACUCUGCAGCCCCAGCUCCCAGAACAUUUCCCAAGCAACGGGGGUGCCUGCCACAGGCCAGCCCCUGGAGAGAAAGGGUCAGCCGGCUGCCUUGAGAACAGUGGGAAAGAAGGGAGAGAUGUGCGUCUGGGAGUCAUCACGGAGCUGUCCAGGGUGAGCCGUGCCCUGGCCAACGCGCUCCGGAUUGUCUGCGCUCUUCAAGCUCCUGUCACAGACCUGUCCCUUCCACCACCUCCCCAAGACAGUUUCCGCAGCUCGCACUGCUGCGCCCGCGCUUUCACUCCUGCAAAGCACGUCUCGUCGUCGGCCGCAGAUGCUGCAGCCGCCCCAGCGCGGCCUCUAUCCGGAGCGCAGGCCACCUCCUACCGAAAAAGCCGGCUCCGCUCCCAGCUUAAUUCCUCCACUGCGAACGGCGCCCCCGGGUCCUUUUCACCCCUACCACUACCAGCGACGUGGUAA